UUGAUAUGAUAAAGUCUGUCUACAGUCUACACUUCGUAUAAAAUUAUUUUUAUGUUCAUUUUAUCGUUUAUUCAGAAAUAAAAAUGUCUGAUGACAGUCAGGCAGGUGAAGAAACUGAAACUGAAGUUAUACAUGAGGUUAUUGAAUAUGUCAGCUCUGAAGAUCCACCAAUGGAUGAAUGGUCUUCCUUAGAUAUUGUAAUUCCAGAAGAGAACAAAAAGAAACUUGCAUUUAAAAAAGGUCUCUAUUCACCAGGCAGUGGAGAAAUAUGUGCACAAUACAUUCCCAUGUCUGCCAGUUCUAUCCUCCGGCACCCUUAUUAUAGCUACCCAGCUGUCAUCGACCCGGGUAUUGAAAGAGCCCUGUUAUAUCCGGAGUUGCCAAUUAUUUACCCUGAUGAUGGACAAGAGCUUUAUUUGGCUGUCUGUAAACAAAUGAAUGAAUCUCCGGUAAGAAAGUUUUAUAAAGAAUUACUGGAAAACAAAAUUGAUCUAAAAUACUAUUGUGUUAGUCCGACCGGUGUGCGUGCGAUGGCAACGGCGCUUGAAGCAAAUAGAACAGUCACAUGUUUAAACCUAACUGGAAAUUUUUUAAAUCAGGAUGCAUGCUUUCAUUUAGGUGAAAUGUUAAUCAAAAAUACAAGUUUGGUUGAACUAAAUUUAUCUGGAUGCAGAAUAGGACCACCUGGUGUAAAAAGAAUACUUGCUGGAUUGACGUCAAAUAGAACCCUUAAAAUUCUGAAUCUAGACAAAAAUGAAUUGAGUGACAAUGGUGUUCAGUACAUAGCUAACGCAGUGUUUUCGGGACUUGCGGUUCAACAACUUUAUUUAAGUUAUAAUAAAAUUGGCAGUAAAGGAGCGGGUGCGUUAGCUGAAGCUUUUGAAACUUUCAAUAAAAUGUCCGUGAUUGAUAUAUCUUGGAACAAUUUAUGUUCUCCUGUUGGUGUCUAUAACCUUUUAUGUAAAUUAUCGGAAAACAAAAAUUUGCAAGUAUUGAAUUUGUCUUGGAACGCCAUGGGCGGACCCCGAUUGGCCCUAGGAAUAAGAACUGUGACAAACGCUCCAAAUUUAAACUUUUUAGAUUUGAGCAAUAACCGCUUUUCUGGUGGUGAUAUCACAACUUUGAUAGCAGAUCUGAACAAAGCAAAAAAAUUAAAUUACUUAAAUUUGUCUUAUAAUCCACUUACCGUUGAUGACGCUCUCAAAGUCUUAACUAAAGCUAAAAGUGUGGCGGUAAAAGUACAACAUCUCAUUAUGGAGAAUGUGACCGUGGACACAAACUUUAUGCAAUUAUUACAACAGUUUAAACAAAUGAAAUCAAAAAAGAACGUAAACGUUGUUUACGGUCUUGUGAACGAGAUUUUCCAUCCCAAAGGACCCGAUAUACGUGAAAUAUUGUUCAAUCGCGUAGAAUAUUUAAGACAAAAACAGAAGAAAAAUCCGGGUGACUUUGCUCUUGUAGCAAUGCGAAAGCUCAAAGAUGGGAUGGAAAUAAUGGAAGUUAAAGAAUUUAGUAUGGCAUUAUCUGAAGCAUCGGUACCUAUGGACACUGAUCUUCUUGAAGAAAUAAUAAAUGCUUUUCCUGGGCCUAAAUCAAAAGCGAAAAUGAUUAAUAUGAGUGGUUUAGUAGAUUAUUUAACACGGAAAUGGCCUGACAAGAAAUUACCCCCUACACCUCCUCCUGAACCCGAACCCGAGCCUGUACCCUCUAAAAAAGGAAAGAAAAAGAAGUAACUUGAAAUAUUUUAUAGCUUUAUUUUUAAGUUUUCUGUUGGUAAUUCAUUUAUUUUAGAGAUGUCUUUUUAAAUAUAUUGAAAGUAACAAGUUCUUAGGGUGAGUUACACCAAUUGAUUUUGGCGUUAACUUUAACGUGCGCUAAAAAACCUGUCUGCGCUGAAAGUAUGCCAUUUUAUAUAGACGGCGCGCAGCUUAACAUCAAAGUUAACGGGCAACCCACACCAAUUGUUAUAUUUACUUUUUCCUCAAUAUAGACAAUUUUGAUAACUUAAUUUUUAAAUAUUUAUUUUAAGCUUUUAUUUGGUAAUUAAUUUAAUUUAGAGACGUGUAUUUAAUAGAUUUACAGUUUAAUUGUUUUAUAUUCAACCUAAAGUUAGACAAUGUUUAUUUGUAAUACAUUUUUCUAUAUCCUUA